UCAGGGGGAGGGAGAGGAGGCUCGUGCACGCGCUCCACUCGCUGCGGGUGCGCGAACCGCGCGCUCCCGCAGCCAGCGUCGCCAUCUUUCCCCCCUCCGUCUGUCUGUCUGCCGUUGGCUUUGUCUGUCUGCAGUGCCACCCAUCGACUCCCGGCCGCGGGUUAGGCCCGGAGCCGCCCUCCGACCGCCAGGGCCCAGUCCCGGAGAGCCCCGGCCUGGUUGGCCUGAGCCACGGGCCUAGGGCCCAUUGUCCUGCGGUCUGUCUGUCUGGAGGCGGGGCCCAGGGGACCCGGAGCGCCGCCGAACGCCGAGGCGCCGGAUACACAUCUCUGGGAUCAAAGCGAGUUUUCUUUGCUCCGUGGGAACUGCACCAGAGCAGGAGAUUGAUAGAAGACUGCCUGAAAGCUGCUUCCUUUGCCACUUCCUGUGGAGGCCUGUCUUUGCCAUUGCGGUUUCUUUCUUUUGAUGCCUCAGAGUUUUGAGACGUUUCCUGUCUCACAGGGAUAUGAUGCCUUUGCCCUCUCCAGGCAAGAUAACUUCUUGAAAAAAAUGUCUGGAGGCUCCCAUUGAUGCAGAUUGCAAGCCCUGACUACCAGUGGGAUUGUGACAUGUCAGCACCUUGCAGGGAAGUAGUAAUAUAUCCAGUCGUGAAACUGGGAAAGGCCAGAGCUCUUGAAUCAGGGAAACAUGUCCCGUCGGAAACAGACAAAUCCAAAUAAAGUUCACUGGGAUCAAGUAUUUGCUGGGCUCGAAGAGCAAGCCCGCCAGGCGAUGAUGAAAACUGAUUUUCCUGGAGACCUUGGCAGUCAGCGAGAAGCUAUCCAACAACUAAGAGAUCAGGACUCCAGUAGCAGUGACAGUGAAGGUGAUGAAGAGGAGACCACACAAGAUGAAGUUUCUUCCCACACAUCAGAAGAAGAUGGAGGGGUGAUCAAAGUGGAAAAAGAGUUAGAAAAUGCAGAGCAACCUGUUGGUGGGAAUGAAGUGGUAGAACAUGAGGUUACACAGAAUUUGAAUUCUGACCCCUUACUUGGACUUUGCCAAUGUCCCCUCUGUCAGCUAGACUGUGGGACUCGAGAACAGCUGAUUGCUCAUGUGUACCAGCACACUGCAGCAGUAGUGAGCGCCAAAAGCUACAUGUGUCCUGUCUGUGGCCGAGCCCUUAGCUCCCCAGGGUCACUGGGUCGCCACCUCCUAAUCCACUCGGAGGAUCAGCGGUCCAACUGUGCUGUGUGUGGAGCCCGUUUCACCAGCCAUGCCACGUUUAACAGUGAGAAACUUCCUGAAGUGCUUAAUAUGGAAUCCCUACCCCCAGCCCACAGCGAGGGCCCCUCCAGUGCAGAGGGGAAGGACAUUACAUUUAAUCCACCAGUGUAUCCUGCUGGAAUUCUGCUUGUGUGCAACAACUGUGCUGCCUAUCGUAAGCUACUGGAAGCCCAGACUCCCAGUGUACGCAAGUGGGCACUACGUCGACAGAAUGAGCCUUUGGAAGUACGGCUACAGCGACUAGAACGAGAACGCACAGCCAAGAAGAGCCGGCGAGACAAUGAGACCCCUGAAGAGCGAGAGGUGAGGCGUAUGAGGGACCGGGAAGCCAAGCGUCUGCAGCGCAUGCAGGAGACAGAUGAGCAGAGAGCACGCAGGCUGCAGCGGGAUCGGGAGGCUAUGAGACUAAAACGAGCUAACGAAACCCCAGAGAAACGACAAGCUCGGCUCAUCCGGGAGCGGGAAGCCAAGCGGCUCAAGAGAAGGCUGGAGAAAAUGGACAUGAUGCUGAGAGCUCAGUUUGGCCAGGACCCUUCUGCCAUGGCAGCCUUAGCAGCCGAAAUGAACUUCUUCCAACUACCUGUAAGUGGGGUGGAACUGGACAGUCAGCUUCUGGGCAAGAUGGCUUUUGAAGAGCAGAAUAACAGUUCUCUGCACUGAGCCAUACCUUCCUGCCUGCCCUUCUGCUCACCCACUCACCCAAACCCACAGGAAUCAGUGCUACAACCAUUCACAGCACUCUGUCCUGCUGCCAGAGGCAAGCUCUGGCUUGUUACAGGUGGACCUGUGUACCCCUUGCAUGUGGGAGCAAGAUGAUGGGGGUUGGGAAAGGUGUGGCUCUAGAUGGCUCUGGACAAGGGACCAGGCACUCCAGGGAACUGGACUCCCAAGCCCAUUGCUGCAAGACAUGCUUAUAAGACUAUAGGGCCCCAGUGUGGUCAAGGGAGUUGUGAAGGCAAAUAAAUUAAUUUUAUCUUAA